GGCGGCCGAGGAGGAGGAGAACAUGGCGGCCGCGGAGAGCGGCUGAAAUGCCUGUUCUUCAGGCCGGUCGAGCGGGAGACUGACGCGAUUCGCCGAGCCCUGUCCUCCGACGGCUGGACCGCGGCCUCGAGCACCUGGGCUGCCUGCUCGCUGCUGUCCCCUCGGGCGGAGCCCGCGGCGGGGUCGUUCUGCAUCCCCCUGCCGGGGGACCCCUGCUCGGGAGGAGGGGGCCGGAGAGCCCCGGCGGCGCCGCCUGGGCCCCGGGGGCCGGGCUCCGGGCCCGAGCAGCGGCGGAGGCCGCGGCCGCUCCGCCACGGUCGCAGGCGAGCGUGGCGCCCAGGAGCGCGGCCCUGAGGCGGCGGCAGCAGAUCUAUCCAUACUAAUGGAAAUGUAACCGGAACUGACUCUGAUGAUAAAAACCAGGACCAUCAGACAAGAUCAUGUAGUAGGAAACUGCUUCCAAAUGAAGGCACCAACAUUUAGAAUUUCUUCUUAUUCUAAGUUGUUUGCAUAAUUGGCCUUAAAUGAGGAGAGAGUGAAGAGACUAGAGCCACCUCUGGAAAAUAUCAUUACCCCAUUCCCUGGAAGCCACAACCUGGAGCACUAGAUUUGACCGUAUCUGUUUUGGGAACCCAUUAUGUGCAAAAAAGUCUCCCAGGUGUGAAGUUUUCAAAAUGAGUGGCCUUGGGGACAGUUCAUCUGAUCCUGCUAACCCAGACUCACAUAAGAGAAAAGGAUCACCUUGUGACACACUGGCCUCAAGCACUGAAAAGAGGCGCAGGGAACAAGAAAAUAAAUACUUAGAAGAGCUAGCUGAGUUACUGUCUGCCAACAUCAGUGACAUUGACAGCUUGAGUGUAAAACCAGACAAAUGCAAGAUUUUGAAGAAAACAGUCGAUCAGAUACAGCUAAUGAAGAGAAUGGAACAAGAGAAAUCAACAACUGAUGAUGAUGUACAGAAAUCAGAUAUAUCAUCAAGUAGUCAAGGAGUGAUAGAAAAAGAAUCCUUAGGACCUCUUCUUUUGGAGGCUUUGGAUGGAUUUUUCUUUGUUGUGAACUGUGAAGGGAGAAUUGUAUUUGUGUCAGAGAAUGUGACCAGCUACUUGGGUUACAAUCAGGAGGAAUUAAUGAAUACCAGCGUCUACAGCAUACUGCACGUGGGGGACCACGCAGAAUUUGUCAAGAAUCUGCUACCAAAAUCACUAGUAAAUGGAGUUCCUUGGCCUCAAGAGGCAACACGCCGAAAUAGCCAUACUUUUAACUGCAGGAUGCUAAUUCACCCUCCAGAUGAGCCAGGUACCGAGAACCAAGAAGCUUGCCAGCGGUACGAAGUAAUGCAGUGUUUCACUGUGUCGCAGCCAAAAUCAAUCCAAGAGGAUGGAGAAGAUUUCCAGUCAUGUUUGAUUUGUAUUGCACGGCGAUUACCUCGGCCUCCAGCAAUUACAGGCGUAGAAUCCUUUAUGACCAAGCAAGAUACUACAGGCAAAAUCAUCUCUAUUGAUACCAGUUCCCUGAGAGCUGCUGGCAGAACUGGCUGGGAAGAUUUAGUGAGGAAAUGCAUUUAUGCUUUUUUCCAGCCUCAAGGCAGAGAGCCAUCUUAUGCUAGACAACUAUUUCAAGAAGUGAUGACUCGUGGCACUGCCUCCAGCCCAUCCUAUAGAUUCAUACUGAAUGAUGGGACAAUGCUUAGCGCCCACACCAAGUGUAAACUUUGCUACCCUCAGAGUCCAGACAUGCAGCCUUUCAUCAUGGGAAUUCAUAUCAUCGACAGGGAACACAGUGGGCUUUCUCCUCAAGAUGACACUAAUUCUGGAAUGUCAAUUCCCCGAAUAAACCCCUCAGUCAAUCCUAGUAUCUCUCCAGCUCAUGGUGUGGCCCGUUCAUCCACAUUGCCACCAUCCAACAGCAACAUGGUAUCCACCAGAGUAAAUCGCCAACAGAGCUCAGAUCUUCAUAGCAGCAGCAGUCACACUAAUUCUAGCAACAACCAAGGGAGUUUUGGAUGCUCAUCUGGAAAUCAGAUUGUAGCCAAUGUUGCCUUAAGCCAGGGACAGGCCAGUUCCCAGAGCAGUAAUCCAUCUUUAAGCCUCAAUAAUUCUGCUAUGGAAGGUACAGGAAUUUCCCUCACACAGUUCAUGUCUCCAAGGAGACAGGUUCCCUCUGGCUUAGCAACAAGGGCCAGGAUGUCAAACAAUUCAUUUCCUCCAAAUAUUCCAACUUUAAACUCCCCAGUUGGCAUGACAAGUAGUGGCUGUAAUAAUAGUAACCGAUCUUACUCAAAUAUCCCAGUAACAUCUUUACAGGGUAUGAGUGAAGGACCCAGUAACUCUGUUGGCUUCUCUGCCAAUUCUCCAGUACUCAGGCAGAUGAGCUCACAGAAUUCACCUAGCAGAUUAAAUUUACAACCAGCAAAAGCUGAGUCCAAAGAUAACAAAGAGAUUGCAUCCAUUUUAAAUGAAAUGAUUCAGUCUGACAACAGCUCUGGUGAUGGCAAACCUCUGGAUUCAGGGCUUCUGCAUAACAAUGACAGACUUGCAGAUGGAGACAGUAAAUAUGCUCAAACCAGUCAUAAACUAGUGCAGCUUUUGACAACAACAGCAGAACAGCAGUUACGGCAUGCAGAUAUAGACACAAGCUGCAAAGAUGUACUGUCUUGCACGGGCACUUCCAACUCUGCCUCUGCUAACUCCUCAGGAGGUACUUGUCCUUCUUCUCAUAGCUCACUGACUGAGCGGCACAAAAUUCUGCACCGGCUCUUGCAAGAAGGGAGUCCCUCAGACAUCACCACUCUGUCUGUGGAGUCCGAUAAAAAGGACAGUGCAUCUACUUCUGUGUCAGUGACUGGACAGGCCCAAGGGAACUCUAGUAUAAAACUAGAGCUGGAUGCUUCAAAGAAAAAAGAAUCAAAAGACCAUCAGCUCCUGCGCUACCUUUUAGAUAAAGAUGAGAAAGACUUAAGAUCAACUCCAAACCUGAGCCUGGAUGAUGUAAAGGUGAAAGUGGAAAAGAAAGAACAAAUGGAUCCUUGUAACACAAACCCAACCCCAGUGACCAAACCAGCCCCUGAGGAAAUUAAACUGGAGUCCCAGAGCCAGUUUACAGCUGACCUUGACCAGUUUGAUCAGUUGCUGCCCACGCUCGAGAAGGCAGCACAGUUGCCAGGCUUAUGUGAGACAGACAGGAUGGAUGGUGCAGCCACCAGUGUAACCAUCAAAUCGGAGAUCCUGCCGGCCUCACUUCAGUCCUCCACUGCCAGACCCACUUCCAGACUGAAUAGAUUGCCUGAGCUAGAAUUAGAAGCAAUUGAUAACCAGUUUGGACAACCAGGAACAGGUGAUCAGAUUCCUUGGGCAAACAAUGCUGUGACAGCUGUAAAUCAGACAAAACCAGAAGAGUAUGGAUUUUUUUCAAAUAAGGGGGGUGGAUUAGAUGUAUUGUCAGAGAGAUUUCCACCACAACAAGCAACACCACCUUUGAUGAUGGAAGAAAGACCCAACCUCUAUCCCCAGCCUUACUCUUCUCCUUCUCCUACUGCCAGUCUCCCCAGCCCUUUCCAAGGCAUGGUCAGACAGAAGCCUUCACUGGGGACCAUGCCUGUUCAGGUAACGCCACCCCGAGGCGCUUUUUCACCUGGCAUAGGCAUGCAGCCCAGGCAGACUCUAAACAGACCUCCAGCCGCACCCAACCAACUUCGACUUCAGCUACAGCAGCGAUUGCAGGGACAACAGCAGUUGAUACACCAAAAUCGGCAAGCUAUCUUGAACCAGUUUGCAGCAGCUGCUCCGGUUGGCAUUAAUAUGAGAUCAGGCAUGCAGCAGCAAAUCACACCUCAGCCACCCCUGAAUGCUCAGAUGUUGGCGCAGCGUCAGCGGGAGUUGUACAGUCAGCAGCACCGACAGAGGCAGCUAAUACAGCAGCAACGAGCCAUGCUCAUGAGGCAGCAAAGCUUUGGGAAUAACCUCCCUCCCUCAUCUGGACUGCCAGUUCAAAUGGGGAACCCCCGUCUUCCUCAGGGUGCUCCACAGCAAUUCCCCUACCCACCAAACUAUGGUACAAAUCCAGGAACUCCACCUGCUUCUACCAGCCCCUUUUCACAACUGGCAGCAAAUCCUGAAGCAUCUUUGGCCACCCGCAACAGCAUGGUGAGCAGAGGCAUGGCAGGAAACAUGGGAGGACAGUUUGGCACUGCAAUCAAUCCUCAGAUGCAGCAGAAUGUCUUCCAGUAUCCAGGGUCAGGAAUGGUUCCCCAAAGUGAGGCCAACUUUGCACCAUCUCUAAGCCCGGGAAGCUCCAUGGUCCCAAUGCCAAUCCCUCCUCCUCAGAGCUCUCUGCUGCAGCAAACUCCGCCGUCCUCCGGGUACCAGUCACCAGACAUGAAGGCCUGGCAGCAAGGAGCAAUGGGAAGCAACAAUGUGUUCGGUCAAGCUGUCCAGAACCAGCCCACACCUGCACAGCCAGGAGUGUACAACAACAUGAGCAUCACCGUGUCCAUGGCAGGUGGAAAUACAAAUGUUCAGAACAUGAACCCAAUGAUGGGCCAGAUGCAGAUGAGCUCUUUGCAGAUGCCAGGAAUGAACACUGUGUGCCCUGAGCAGAUAAAUGACCCAGCACUGAGACACACAGGCCUCUACUGCAACCAGCUGUCAUCCACCGACCUUCUCAAAACAGAGGCAGAUGGAACCCAGCAGGUGCAACAGGUUCAGGUGUUUGCUGACGUCCAGUGUACAGUGAAUCUGGUAGGCGGGGACCCUUACCUGAACCAGCCUGGUCCACUGGGAUCUCAAAAGCCCACGCCAGGACCACAGACCCCCCAGGCCCAGCAGAAGAGCCUCCUUCAGCAGCUACUGACUGAAUAACCACUUUUAAAGGAAUGUGAAAUUUAAAUAGACAUACAGAGAUAUACAAAUAUAUUAUAUAUUUUUCUGAGAUUUUUGAUAUCUCAUUCUGCAGCCAUUCUUCAGGUCAUAGCAUUUGGAGCAAAAAGCAAAAACAAAAAAAAAGUUCACCUUUGUUGGGAGAUUGAGAGAUGUUUUUGUUUCUUUCUUUGUAAAGGCCUUGGAUAUUGAAAAAAAUGACAAGGCAGAACAGUUGGACAAUCUAUUUCUUGAGAGCCAAAUUUAAUUAUUCUUAUUUUUGUAAUCAGUUAUUGGCUUCUUAUCUGGAUGAAGGCUUUUGGAGGAGAACCAAAAUGACAAGUUCUAAGGGGAAGACGAAACUCCACCCUGCCAGCUCAGUCCUGACCCUGCCCAGGAAGGAGGGCCCUGUGGGGCUUUGUGUCCGUCCUCCAAAGGCCAAAGGCUGUCACGUUCCUCGAAACCCAACAGCCCUCCGGGCCCAACUCCAGGCAGCUUGUGUGUACAAUCAGCCUCUUCAAGCAAUUCUGUACCUGUUGGCUUCAAGAGAAUAUUUUGCCUCCACAUAUGCACCCCUUCUCCUUUUUUAAAAGAUGGAUUUAAACCAAGAUGCCUCCAGGAAAGAGGAAAAAAUGAGUAUAUAGACAGAGGAAUCCAAAAAAAUCAGUUUGGGGGAAAAUGCAAUAAUUUUUGAUGAGAUGGGUAAAGGACAAAAAAGUAAGUUCUGUCAAUUACUGUAGAUACAAUUUUCUGAUUAAAUCUUGGGGGGAAGGUAGCCUGCUCUUUCCGCUUUUAUUGUAUUAACUAACAGGUGAGGUAGCUAAAGUUAUUGAAAAUAAAAUUAAAUUUAUGAUCCAAGUAGCUUAUUUUUCCCUUAAUCUUACUGUAAAUACAUUUGAUUUCUUGUAGAAAUUGAUUUUCUUCUGUUUAAUUUUAUGUUUUUAUCAUCACAUUUGAUUUUUCUAAAUUUGUGUGUGAAAUAUAACAUUGAUUGAAUUGCAGUUACAUUUGGCUAGUAAUGUUUCACUAUUUUAGUAACUAUGGCACCAUGUGUGGAUUUACUUUGGGCUUCAUGCCAGAGUGGCACUGGCAGAAAGAGCCAUUCCAGCUGAACUGCAACAUACGCCCCAGUGUCUGGACUCACCCGACCAGGAGUUCACGGGCUGCUUGUACAGAGGGAAAUCAGUGCUCAAGGAAAAUCUGCUUUUUGUCUUAGAUUGACUUUGGGAAUUUGAAUUUCUAUCAGUGCAUAUAUAAAUUUCUCUCUCCUGCUCUGAGGCUAAUUGGUACCAUGUUUUCCCUUUGUAUCUUGUCACCCUGCCACAUCCCAUCUCAUCCUGGCCUCUGAGAAAGGAGCCAGUGAACUGACUUUCUAGUUCUACAAGUUCCAUUGCAGGCCCAGAAAGCUGGAGAAAGGCAUUGUGGAAGAAACAAAAGUAAACUCCUGCCACUCACCUUUUUCUGCAUUCCUGGGCCUGUAAAUGAUGACAACACUGACCUUCUGCACCAGCUGCCUCUGCUUCCACAGCAGAGAAAAGGCCGUGAGAACCAAUGUGGACAAGGAACAUGGACUCAGACUUCAAGGAAGAAGCCAUCUCCCCGGGCCCUUCUUUCUGCAUCUCACCACCCUAGUUACAGAUGACUCCAUUGAACAGCAUCUAUUCAGAAACUAUACCGAAUAGGAAAACCGGUGGAAGGGCUCACAUGGGUAGCAACUAUGACAGAGAAAUAGGACGCUCAGUUACAAACAUUAUCUCUUAGUUUUAAAAAAAAAAUGCAUCCCUGAAUUCAUUCAUUUCCAGCUUGAAACCCCAGCCAUAUUACUCUAGUCCCUACAAAACUGCUCUAGGAGGUUAUUUCCAUUUUGUUUGUGAUAUUUAGACCUACAGACUUCAGGAAGUUCACCUUUAACUUCAGCAUUCCAGAUGAAGUUUCCUGACUCAGUGCUUUUGCAUAAGGAACUAGAAAGAAAAUUGGUAAGGAAAAUUUGAGAUGCUAACAUCCUCCCCUGUCCCAACUGCACCUUAAAAUAUGCAUGUCACCUUCAAGGUUUUAUAAUUGCACUGUUUGUUUUAUGUGUGUACAGAUUAAAAUUAUUGCUACCUUUGAGGAAAAUAAAAUUGCUUGCUUCUAUGUAA